CCCAUUCCUCUUGCACCGUCUCACCACCAUAUUCCUCUUCUCUCUCCUAAAAACAAGGUGUUUUGAUCAAGGCUUUGGAAUUUUACCUUGUCAUGGAGAGUAAAAAAUUGCAGAAGAGCUACUUUGAUGUGUUGGGUUUGUGCUGCUCCUCUGAAGUACCACUCAUCGAAAACAUCUUAAAGCCACUUCAAGGAAUCAAAGAGGUUUCUGUCAUAGUUCCUUCACGAACUGUCAUUGUUCUGCAUGACACUCUUGUCAUUUCGCAACUUCAAAUCGUUAAGGCAUUGAAUCAAGCGAGAUUAGAAGCUAAUAUCAGAGUACAUGGAGAUGAAAAUCAUGGAAAAAGAUGGCCAAGCCCUUACUCAAUUGCUUCGGGUGUUCUACUUUUGGUUUCUUUUCUGAAAUUUGUGUAUCCUCCUUUGAAGUAUGUAGCACUUGGUGCAGUUGCUGCUGGUAUUUACCCUAUCUUCCGAAAGGCCAUUGCCUCCAUUCGUAAUCUUAGGGUUGACAUUAGCAUUCUCAUGAUCAUAGCAGUUACUGGGACAAUUGCCAUGCGUGAUUAUUUGGAAGCUGGCACCAUCGUUUUCCUCUUCUCAAUUGCAGAAUGGUUAGAAUCAAGGGCAAGCCACAAGGCAACUGCAGCAAUGUCGUCUUUGAUGAACAUAGCCCCUCAAAAAGCAGUCAUAGCUGAUUCGGGAGAAGUUGUGGAUGCUGAUGAGGUGAAAUUAAAUACCAUUUUAGCUGUUAAAGCAGGUGAGGUGAUACCCAUUGAUGGAGUUGUUCUAGAUGGAACCUGUGAAGUUGACGAGAAAACUUUGACUGGGGAAUCGUUCCCUGUGGCAAAACAAAAGGAUUCUACUGUAUGGGCUGGCACCAUCAAUUUGAAUGGUUAUAUCAGUGUGAAAACUACUGCACUGGCUGAAGACUGUGUGGUGGCUAAAAUGACAAAACUCGUGGAAGAAGCUCAAAACAGCAAAACCAACGUUCAGACAUUGAUUGAGAAGUUUGUCAAGUUUUAUACCCCUGCCGUUGUAAUCAUAUCAACCCUUGUAGCAGUGAUUCCACUUGCGUUAAAAUCACGUAGAGAGAAAUACUGGUUUCACUCAGCGUUGGUUGUUUUAGUGAGUGCAUGCCCAUGUGCACUCAUCCUAUCAACUCCAGUUGCAACCUUCUGUGCUUACACCAGAGCAGCCACAUCAGGUCUUCUCAUCAAAGGGGGUCAUCAUCUUGAAACACUUGCAAAAAUCAAGGUCAUGGCCUUUGACAAAACGGGUACCAUAACGAAGGGUGAUUUUGUGGUUACAGAGUUUCAAUCUCUUUCAGAUGACAUAGAUCUCAACACAUUGCUUUUCUGGGUGUCAAGUGUGGAGAGCAAGUCAAGCCAUCCACUGGCAUCUGCCAUUGUUGAUUAUGGAAGGUCUCUCUCAGUUGAACCAGAGCCAGAAAAGGUGACAGAAUUUGAAAACUUUCCUGGGGAAGGAAUCAGUGGAAAAAUGGAUGACAAAGUUAUUUACAUUGGAAAUAAAAAAAUUGCCGCAAGAGCCGGGUCUGAAACAGUUCCAAUAUUACAAGGAGAAAAUGCAAGAGGAAAGACCACUGGAUACAUAUACUUAGGAGCAACCGCAGUUGGAUUUUUCUCUCUUUCAGAUGUUUGCAGGUUAGGUGUUGAGGAAGCAAUUGGGCAGUUGAAGUUAAUGGGAAUCAAAACAGCCAUGCUCACUGGAGACAGUGAAUCUGCUGCAAUGCAAGCACAGGAGCAGCUGGGACAUUCUCUGGAGUUAGUCCAUGCAGAACUGUUGCCAGAGGACAAGGUCAAAAUCAUCUCAGAAUUUAAGAAGGAAGGUCCGACAGCCAUGAUCGGAGAUGGUAUAAACGAUGCGCCGGCAUUAGCUUCAGCUGAUAUCGGAAUCUCAAUGGGCAUUUCAGGUUCUGCACUUGCAAGUGAGACAGGAAAUAUAAUUCUUAUGUCAAAUGACAUUAAGAAGAUACCUGAAGCCAUUAAGCUUGCAAGAAAAACACGAUGGAAAGUGCUUCAGAACAUUAUUUUGUCAAUCACUACCAAGGCUGCGAUUAUUGGUUUGGCCAUUGGUGGUUACCCAUAUGUUUGGGCAGCAGUGGUUGCUGAUGUUGGAACGUGUCUAGUGGUCAUCUUGAACAGCAUGUUACUUCUUCCAAGAGGCCAUAAACAUGGAGGAAAAUCUUGUAGAUCUUCAACUAAGUCUCAUAACCACAAAAGUGGGUGUGCUGGCACUCAUGGCCAUGAUCAUGCUCACCACCAACAUCAACAUUGUCAUGAUCAAAACGGGCAUNNUCACCACCAACGUGAACAUUCUCAUGAUCAAAACGGGCAUGCUCACCAUCAACAUCAACAUUGUCAUGAUCAAAACGGGCAUGAUCACCACCAACAUGAACAUUGUCAUGAUCAAAACGGGAAUGCACACCACCAACAUCAACAUUGUCAUGAUCAAAAGGGGCAUGAUCACCACCAACAUCAACAUUGUCAUGAUCAAAAGGAGCAUGAUCACCAUCACCAUCAACACAAGCAUGAGCAUGAUCACCACCACCUAGAUCAACACGAUCAUGGGCAUGAUCACCACCAGCCUCAACACGAGCAUGAUCACCAUGACCACACCGACAACCAUAACAAAUCAGUUUGUCAUCCAGACAAUGAGAAGAAUGGGACAGGUGAAAUAUCCGUUGACAUCAUCGCUGACCAUGUUGAAUCAGCCCCAAUGAAGGGUUGUUCAAGUUUGGCAGAAAAAGAGAAAGGUUCCUGCUGUGAAGGCUGCUCAGACACGUGCGAGAAUUUGGCUGUUGUGUGUGGGUGUGAGAGUUCAAAAGAGGGAGAAGACAGUGCAUGUUGCAGAAAUGAAUGCUCUUCAAAAGCAUGCAACGAAUCUCCAAUUAUUCAUGUUUGUGUUGGUUUGGAUAAGAGAGAAUAUGGUGGAUGUUGCAAGAGCUACAUGAAGGAAUGUUGUGGCAAACUUGGACACUCAAGAACUGGUUUUGUUGGAGGUUUGUCAGAAAUUAUGACGGAAUAGGUUUGGCUGAUUCCAGCGUAAGCAAGAGAUGACAGCAUGCUUGUUCUUGAAAAAUUAUAUUUUAAGUAGCAGAUUUUUGGUGGUACAUAGUUUCAGGAGUUAAUUGAAGUGAACCCAAAAUGGUGUUUGCGACCUCCAUUUUACCAGACAGGUCUGCAUGAGCUUGAUAUCAUCAGCUUAGAUUUUUCGGCUGAAAGUUGUUUAUGUAGAUGUUCAGGGUUUCUUCCUUUUUCCUUUUUCUUUUAAAUAUGUAUAUGUAGUACCUAACAUUAAAAUAAGAACUUGACAGCUUUCUGAUUUCAA